UUCCUUUUUUUAAGCCAAAGCUGGAUGUGUGGAUCGUCACAUGUUGUUUCCUCUCUUCAGUCUGCACAUCAGCCGGCAUGCGUUAUUUACUGCUUGGCUGCGGGAGAAGACGAGCGCACGUACGGCUCUGGAAAUAGAGGACUAAACAUAAAGCGCGGAGUUUCUUUUCUCUCUCUCUCUUUUUUUUUUCUUCUUUUCGUCUAGCGACUCCUGGAAACCCAAGCGCUGCGGUCUGGUCUGGACCAGAGGAGCACGAGAAUGGCGAGUCCGCCAACCACGGGCGGCCAGGCGCUGAUGACCGGCACCAGUAAUACAAAUAAUAACAGCGCGAAGAAAUGUGGAUAUCUGAAGAAGCAGAAACACGGACACAAGCGCUUUUUCGUUUUAAAGGAGCCGUGCGAAGGAUUCCCUGCCCGGCUGGAGUACUACGAGAACGAGAAGAAAUGGAGGAACAAGUCCGCCGCCAAGAGAGUUGUUCCCCUGGACUGCUGCCUCAACGUCAGCAAGAGAGCGGACGCGAAACACAAGUAUCUCAUUGCUCUUUACACCAAGGACGAGUAUUUUGCCGUGGCGGCGGAAAACGAGCAAGAGCAGGAGAACUGGUACCGGGCGCUGACGGACCUAAUGGCCGAGGGGAAAGCGUGUGACGGCUCGGCGUCCAACUCUGCGUCCUCACUGGUUGGCUUCGACGAGACGAGUUACGGUGUAAUAACGCCGGUGGCCGCCGCCUACAAGGAGGUAUGGCAGGUUAACCUCAAAUCCAGGGGACUGGGGCAGAGUAGGAAUCUGACCGGCGUGUACAGGCUCUGUCUCUCCAGCCGAAUGAUCAGCUUUGUUAAACUCAACUCGGAGGUCGCCUCUGUCGUACUACAGCUGAUGAACAUCAGAAGGUGCGGCCACUCCGACAGCUUUUUCUUCAUCGAGGUGGGUCGAUCUGCAGCCAUCGGUCCAGGGGAGCUGUGGAUGCAAGCUGAUGACUCAGUAGUGGCUCAGAAUAUCCACGAAACUAUCCUAGAGGCCAUGAAAGCCAUGAAGGAGCUGUCGGAGUUCCGCCCGCGCAGCAAAAGUCAGUCAUCUAGCACCAACCCCAUCUCUGUGCCAACAAGGAGGCAUCUGAAUAAUCUCCCACCGAGCCAGACCGGCCUCCCCCGGAGGACACGUACUGACAGCACCUCUGCCACAUCUCCUGUGAGUAGUAAAUGCCUGUCUUGUCGCAUACGCACAGCCAGCGAGGGCGAUGGCACCAUGACACGCCCAAUGUCUGUCACCGGCAGCCCCCUCAGCCCAGGGGUCCACAGGACCCUCCUGAGCCGGUCUCACACCAUAACAGCACGACCCUCCUUGACUUUUGAGUCUUCUACUCUCCAGCACAGUAAGUCCAUGUCUAUGCCCCUGUCUCAUUCUCCGCCUGUGGCCACCCCAUGCUCAGGACAUGUGUCCAACUGUGUGGACAGCAACGUCCCCCGCCCCUCCAGCUGCAGUGCAUCAUUCUCAGGCUCUCCCAGUGAUGCAGGCUUUAUAUCAUGUGAAGAAUAUGGCUCCAGCCCUGCUGAUGUACGGGACCUCAGGUUACCCUUAACUCUUCGCAGCAACACUCCUGAAUCUCUGAAAGCAGACACCCCUCCCUCCAGGGAUGGGAGUGAACUUGAUGGCUACAUGGUGAUGGAGAGGCAAAAUCAGAAUGGUUACCGGCGGCUGUCAGAGCUGGAUAAAGUGUAUCGAAAGCGAACGUACUCCCUCACUACCCCCCGCCAGCAGAGGCGACCCCCUCAGGUGUCCUCAGCUUCUCUGGAUGAAUACACUCUCAUGAGAGCCACAUACACCAGUGGAAGCCGGACUUCUUUGAGGUGUCACACGGCCUCACCUAAAGGAAGUGGACUAGAAGAUUACAGGGAUGUUCACAUCAGCUCUAACAGUCUCCAAGGUGACAGCGGCUACAUGCCAAUGAUGCCCGGAGUUGCACCCAAGACUCCAGGGUCCAAGGAUGACCCCUACAUGCCUAUGAGCCCUAUGUGUGUUUCUGCUCCAAAGCAGAUCAUCAAUCCACGUUCACACGCUUGCACUGCAGGGCUAGCCCCACGCAUUGACUCCCCUGGGAGUAUUUCUCUGGAGGACAAUGGCUACAUGCCUAUGUGGUGCGGACACAAAAUGUCAGUGGAAAGCAGUGAUGGAAAGCCAAGCAAUGGAGAGUAUCUGUACAUGUCUCCCGUUGACACUCUGGUUUCUCUCACACCCCCAGAGUACCUUCUCAGCCUCUCAGGAGACCCCCAGCCCCACCACAGACAGCCUUAUUGUUACAACUCCCUACCAAGAUCAGUCAAAGGACAGUUGCAGCGAACUGGGUCUGCUGACACCGACCAGUAUGUUGUAAUGAGUUUACAAAGACAACGGAUAGAAGAAGAGUCAAACGGUAGUCCCGUCUCACCCGGAGAAUCUGGAACCAGCAGUACCCCAGAUACGCCAACCACUCCAUCUUCUCUCCCUUCUCCUCUAAAACUGAUUCGAUCAGACGGAGGCCUGUUGCAUCGCAGCAGGGUGUGCCGGCCCACCCGCCUGGCUCUGGAAUCCCUUCGAACACUACCAUGUAUGAGUGAGCAUCCCCUUCCCUCAGAACCUCGCAGCCCUGGAGAGUACAUCAACAUUGAUUUUGGUAGUACUGCCAAAGUCCCACUGUUGGAGAGCUCAGAGGCUGGAAGCGUAAUGUGUACAAUGGAGGGAUCACUGUCUCUGUCAGACUAUGCUAACAUCGACAUCAAUUCAUCGGUUCAUCGCCAAUCACAGCAAGUAGAAAGUUCCCACCCAACAGGGUGUCUUAACCAUACAUCUGAUGUCUUGAUGUGCUCCAGCAUGGUGAGCAACCAGCAGGACACACAGAGAGUUGAAGGGAAGGAGGAUGAAAAGAGAAUGGAGGGAGAGACAAAGACAAUGGGACAGAAAGGGAGUCCUGAAUGUGAGCCUGCUAUUACCAAAGGUGACUACACUGAGAUGACCUUUGGUCCUCCUGGUCCUUUAUCUGUUCUCUGUGCCACUGAUGCCACCCCCCUCCCCACCAGCCCCACUGCAUGUGUGAAGAGACUCAGUCUUGAAAGCAGCUUAGUGGAUGUGGUUCCCCCUGUGCCAGUGGAUUCUUUCCUACUUGGGGCACCAUCAUUAUCUCUCAGUGUUGUAGAUCCAGACCGGGGGGCCAAGGUUAUCCGGGCUGACCCUCAGGGGCGUCGCCGCCAUAGCUCCGAGACCUUCUCCUCCACCACCACUGUGACGCCUGUGUGCCCGUCUUUUGCCCAUGACACCAAGCGGCACAGCUCCGCUUCUGUGGAGAACGUGUCCCACUCUGUCCACAGCUCUGAGGAGCCCGGCGAGGACCACAGCAGCCCCAUGUGCAGGGAAACGUCAGCAGGAUAUCAAAACGGACUGAACUAUAUUGCCUUAAACUUGAUGGAAGGGAACCUCGGAACAGGCAGGUUAGGUGGAUGCGACGAAUUCCUGAGGUUCAAAACGACUUGCGGCUGCAAAGGGGGUCUAAAUGGGUUCAGCGCCAGCCCCUACGCCAGCAUGGGAUUCAAGGAGACUACUACUGCUGCUGUGAAAGAAUGAAGACUGAUGGGUCUUCCCACCUCUCCUCCUCUUCUUCUUCCUCCCCUUCCUGUGAAAGUGAAACUCCGCUGUAUCCAGAUGAUUAAGUCACCACUGCAACAGUUGGACAGCUGACGUCCCUUAACCUCUUCGCUGCCCUCUGUGGGGGGUUUGGAGACGGCCAUAACCAUGGAAACACAGACGUUUGACCCUUGACCUACAUCCCUCCUCUCCUUUUUUCUCAGCACCCAAACAUCCAGGUGCCAUUGCUGCUGUAGUGCUAGACCAAGAACUCCGACAGAAUAUGAAACUCUUAACACUAGAUAGGUAACUUUAUCUCAUUUCCUAGGCCUUCAAUCUCUUCUGCAGUAGUUUAUUACAGCAUUUACUGUAGUAGUUUAUUCCAUUUACAGACUUAGAAUUGGAUUUUAUUUUGGCUUCAGCCAAGUAGUUGUCAGACUUUUCUCACCUGAAAACCUGUGAACCAAACCUGGAGAGCAUGCGUACGCAAUUACAUGCAAAGAAAAAAAAAAAACCUUUCAUGAAUACUGAUAUAUAUUUAUUUAUUUAUCUAUGAUGUAUGUAUGUAUUAAAUGAAAAGGGUGUGAGAAUCUGCAUACAGGGUUGAGCUGCAAAAAGAAGAUAGCAUUUGUGGAGCUUAUUUAAAAGUCAAAGGUAAUGUCUACUUACACAAGAAAAGAAAAAAACCCUACCUCAGCACUGAGUCAAACAGUAGAAAUAUAUAUGAAAUAUUUAUUUUCAGAGGUGAAUGUUAAAAUAAAAUGCAAAAAAAGUACAAAAAAACCCCCCAUCAAUCCAAAGCCUUACUCUCGCCAUCAGCCUCAUUCUGAUGGAUCCCUUCAGUUUGGACCUUUAAAUACACAGUAUCAAAGAUUUACAUGAUCAUUUUAACUGACUGAAUGUUUAUCAGAGCCAGCCUCUCUGAGAUUAAGUUCCGUAUCUUGCCACAUCUAUAACAAAAGUGAUGUAUUCAAAGACCAGAGUAAUAUAUCUAUUGUGAUCCAUGACAUGGUUUUUCACACAGAGAUAAUUAAUGCCAGGAUGACCUUAGUAGCACCACAGGCGCGCGCAGCAGAGCAUCACAUCUGUGUCUGCCUGUCUGAGCACAAGUCUCAUUUCACCUGUGACAUGCUGCAGGAAACGAUGACCCACCUGGACUGGGCAUGGACCGGUGUGAGAUUCUAAAGUGAUGACAACUUUGGAGAAAAACACCAGUUUCACAGUAUCAAGGCAUUUAUUUAUUUUGACAAAGAGCUAAUCAGGAAAUUUAUGAUAAGAAUAUAAAAUGUUGGGAUCAUUUUCAAGGGCGUGCUAUGUAGACUGAGAUAUUAAUGAGCAGGUUAAUUAUAGGCCAGUUUGCCAGUAAAAUAUUUUUACUUUAACAAGAGCAACAAACACUCAUGUUUCCACAGCAUGACUGCCCUUGUUUUUGCCAACCAGAAAUAUUUCCAAACAGCUGAAUCGGUCUUUCUCAUAAGCGAGGGAAGAGCGAGGCACCCUUGUUUCAGCCAGCUAACCAGCAGUGGCAAUCGCUGAAAAUGAAAAUAUGGCAGAACAUGUUGACAGCUAUAAAAGUUCAACUUUUUGAAAGCCUUGACAACAGAAACCGGUCCAUGCCCAGUCAGGACAAGCGUCAGGAGAAUGAAUGUUUGCGAGCGAUUUAUACAGCCUAGGAUAGUAUUUGUCCCUCACCUGAUGCCUCAUUGCAGCGCUCUGUCACCAAAGCAAUGUGGCACACAAACCUUGCAGGACCACAGGGCCCCGCCCUUUGAUUAGGCUUCUCUGCGCGGUCCUGCAUUUACAAACUUUCCAGAUUGUAACACGAGACACGCUGAAUGUAGUACGUGCUGUGUUCUGAGCCUGGGAACGCAGGCUUCAACAAGGCGACAUCCAGAUGUACUCAACGCAAACCACCACACUUACACUCGCCGAACGAAAACCAAGGGAAGCAUUUUAUUUAACUCACAGGUACCUUCGCCUAUAUAGUGUAGAUAAUGCGGUGUUACAGACAAUUACAUCUGAGCAAUUGCUGAGAAAAUUUCAGAGGUGUUAAGUUAAAGAAUAUGUUUGUACUGUACAUAGUAUGUGUUUGAGUGAAUUUUUUUCCUGACACAACAAAAGCACUAAUUAAGUUAUACGAUGACCAACAAGGUUUGGCUUUUGAUUUAUUUUUUCUUUUCUUUUCUUUUACUGUCUUGCAAAAUGGAUGCCACUAUGAGGACAUUUUCUAAUGCUGUAGUUCUGGAAUAUAAAAUAAAAAAAUAGAGAGAAAAUAAUGAUUAAUACUUGACACAAUUACUUCUUGAUACUUAGGUACGACACACAUGGCAUCUAUGCAAUAUUUACACCUUUCGAAAAAUUAGUUUACAUAGAUGAACCAAAUGUAGAAAUAAUGUUGAUAAUGUUUUUUAAAAAAAUGAAAUCAAAAAUGUUUGCCAUUUGUACAAUUUUGUCCUCAGAUUUUGAAAUGGAAAAUCUUUUGGCUUUUUUUUUUCAUUUCUUUUGGCUAAUGAACUAUUUUUGGCGUUUUGAGCAGUGUUUUGCAUUUUGGAAAAUGUUUUUAUUCAGCAUCAUAAAAAAGGUUACGACAUGGGCUUUGGCUUGCCUUGCUGUGUCUUCAUUGUAAAUAUUUCAUAUCAUGCACAUUGUGAUGCUACUAAGAAAUGAUAAUUUAAACUUAGCUUAUUGCUUUAGAUUGUAUUGAUUCUUUAUAGAUACAUGCAAUAAAUGAUAUUUAAGAAAAUUGAA